CGUCCCGCGAGAUUUAGUCGAUAUUGUGCGGCUAAAGAGCGAGGUUGAAGCAAAACGUUCCAAGAAAGAUAUACGGCUAAACUAGUGCAGUAGUCCAAGGGAUCCAGAAUACCACCAGUAUGUUAGCCUCAGUUGCCGCCCGUCUGGCGCUGUUCGCUGUGAUAAGCGCCCAGACUCUGCAGCUCCUCCAGGCUGCUCCGUUCCCAGGAAUCGAGAAUGCUGCCUUCACCAGUCAAGAUUUAUUGGCCGAGGCAUCGGCGCCCGUUGUUAGCCAGGUCCACGUCCAGCACAAUCGGCAUCGUCGCCAUCAUGAGGAGGGCAAUUACCACGGGCACAGACACCACAAGCGGCACUGGGAUCACCAUUUUCCGGGUCCGGACUGCCAUCACCCUGGCGGAUUCGGGUUUGAAUUUGAGCACGGAGGACCACCUUCCCAUGGUCACCACCACAGAUUCGAGCCACAUGACUUGCAGCCGUUUCCAAAUGCCUUUGGCGCUCCAGACUAUGAGGAGCACCAGCGUCCCUUUAAAGCCCCAUUGGAGCCCUUUAACGAAAACAAAGGGGGAUCUAAGGAGCUCCCAAGGCAACCCAGCUCAAGCAGCGUAGCUCCACCACCCGCAGCUCAAGCACCCACAGCUCCAGUUACUCCUUCCUCAACCACCACCACGACAACCACCAGCACCACCAGGUCGACCACCUUGGCACCCACCUCUUCCAGCACCGGAGAGGCACCCUUGGCCAUCGACAUACGCAUCGGCUGACGACCUAGACCUAAGAUUCCAUUCUAUCUUAUACAUUAAAGUGACAUUAAAGUUGCUAGCCAAACCACAA